AUGCUGAGAGGAGGUGCGGGACGCAAUCGCAUUCGACUGCUUUUGUUGAAAAAGUAUAAGAAGAACAAAGUGAAGCAGGCGAAGAUCCCGGACGAGAUUAUGCUCAAAAACCGCAAGGCUUCGCUGAAAAAAAGCAAUCGAUGGACACGGGUCUGUUUCGGGACGGCUUGUGGUGUCUACGACAACCGUACCUACAGACGAUCCUUCGUACCGUGGGUGUAUAUGUUCGUGCGAACCGAACACGAGUACGCUUACAAAACCAUGUUCACAACCACUGUGGAUUUCGCUGCAAAAUACUUUGACUGCACGUUGACAUUGAAGUACGGAAGUCAAGACCACGCUACAUACAUCGCAAACGCCUACAAAGCGAUUUGGCCGAAUAUUGGCAUUCUGAACUGCUACCCACAUCUAUAUCGUAAAGCCUCGUUCUCCUCAGCAGUUUCUCGCAUUGGCGGAAAAAUGUACGACAUUCUGGAUCACUAA